UUGAAGUGCAUGUUGUAGACAGUACUGCCCGCAUGAUUAAUGUGCGAAACAACGGGAUGUUUCGUAAUGGUCGUCCUAUGAAGUUUCAGACAAGGUGCUGAGAUUUUACGUCCUGUACAUUUAGAGAUAUAGGAAAGAAACCUCAAUUCGAAACGGAUUAAUGGGUAAAUAAGUUGGGAUCGUUGGUGUAUGGGUUAUAUGACACCUCUCCAGCUGCUGGAUCAGAGGAUAGUAGCUUCAACAACAGUAUUUCACAUGGUUUUAAGCUGCAACCAGGCAUUUAGAAAAUAUGACAGAAUUAGCCAAAUGAUCAAAUGUAAGUACGACAAAAGAAAAAUAAAACAUACUUCACAGAGGAAAUAAACAAAUUCCUGACAAACCAUGGUGUUGCCAUGGCAUUAUCUGUAUGUUACUGAAAACAUCCUCAACAACAUCAGAAGCUGCAGCAUCACCAUCAGCAGCAGUAACAACAUCAACAGCACUUUUGAAGGAUGAGAAGUCAAUAGAAGCAACAUUCUGUAGUACUGUGUGGAAAAUGCAAAAUUAUGCCUGCUCUUCAUCCAAAGGAGUUUUUAGUCAAGGACAAAAAGAGAGAAACCUUCAAGAUCACAAAGAAAGAUAAAUGGGUUCAUCAAACCUGUGGAACUGGAAGCCAGCAUAUGGAAGACCACUUAACAUUGGCAUCAGAAUGUUAAGGACUUCCUUGUAGAGACAAACAAGAGUUAUAACCUCCACAAGAAGGAUGGUCUCAGUGGCCAGUUCUCAGUGAGCUGGAAGAUUUCAGCACUUACCUUCCAACCAAGGGAAAACUCCUGCAAAUGCUGGCUGGAUGUAGAAGAUAAGACCUCUAUCAGUUGAUUUGCUGGGAUAAUACUGCCUCGGGUGGCAGCCAGAAAUGCAGUUUAUGAGACUUAGUAAAAUCCAUGUGGUGAAGCAGUUGGCAAGUGGAUGUAGAAAUGUGGGACACACUAUGUUCAACAAAUACCUUCUUCUCACCAAUGUUGGAAUCUCCAUGUGCCUCUCUGCUACUGGCGAUGUCAUCCAGCAACAUUACGAGAUGAUGCAUAACGAAAGAAAAAAUGUGGAGUUAAUAAGAACCCGAAACAUGUCCAUAUCAGGAGUUACUGUUGGUGUUGUAUGCCACUUUACAUAUAACUACUUAGAUAAAAAGCUACCUGGAAGAUCUCUGCAGACAGUUCUGAAAAAGGUUGUGGUGGAUCAACUUGUAUUUUCUCCAAUAUAUUUAACUGUGUUUUUCUUCACUCUGGCCAUAUUAGAGGGUUCUAACUGGGUGACACUAAAGAAAGAAGUUACUCACAAGGCAUGGCGGCUGUACCUAGCUGAAUGGCUAAUUUGGCCUCCAGCACAAGUAAUAAAUUUCUAUUUUUUACCAACAAAAUUUCGUGUGCUGUAUGACAAUACCAUAUCUCUUGGGUUUGAUAUAUACACUUCAUACAUCAAACAUAAUAUACCUAUUGAGGAAGAAAAAGUGACUCUAGAAGAAAAGUGAUCAAUAUUUAUUGCUUAGAUGCUGUAACGAUAAUAUAGUGGCUGUGAUAAUAAAAGUAUGGCAUGUUCAUUACUAAGGUGUUCCCUACUCUUAUUUCGUAAAUGGGUCAAAAAUACUCUUUAUUUAUUUAUUUAUUUAUUUAUUUAGCUUUAGAACAAUCCUUGCAGAGAGAUUGUUAAGUAGUGAAGUUUAUAUGUGAAAUGAAUUGUACAUUCCAUCCUGUUGAUAGUUCAACACAAGUGUACAAAUAAACAAUCACCAAUAAACAACGCUUAAACUGAAUAAAGAGCUACAUAUGUCCCAUCGAAAA